AUGGAGUCCCUUCUCAAAGUUCCACUUAUUCUCUCGUCUGCUAUUGCGCUGCACAUAUCGUUCACGACCAAAAAUCUUCCUUCGAGUAAAGAGAUCGUUCAUCAAACUCUCAACGAGUGGAUCUUCACCCUGCUCGUUAAAUAUGGGUUUCCGACCAUAAAGGCGUUUUAUUGGGCUGUUUCUUUCGCAGAAAUCGCUACUAUUGCCUGUCAUACAACAGACCCCACUUCUGUUUCCGUGAUACGUGACACACCUAUCACUUUCUUUUUCAUCUUCGGCACUGCACUCGCUAUUACAGGGGGUCUCACCCGCUGGUGGUGUUAUCGCACCCUCGGUCGUUUUUUCACUUUCCAACUCAGUGUCCGCGAAGGGCAACACAUUAUAACGACCGGACCAUAUGCGGUCGUACGUCAUCCAUCCUAUACAGCAGGUAUGGUGCAGAUCAUCGGCAUAUUGAUCCUGCACGGAUCGACCAAUUCAUGGCUCAGACACUCAGGGGUUUUGGAUAUCCCUGGACUGAAAUUAAUCACGUUCGCAUGGCUGGCUGAGAUCACUCUUCUCAUGAUAAGCGCCGUGCUCAGGGUCAGCCAAGAGGAUGAAAUUCUGAAAUCAACUUUCAGCAGCGAGUGGGAGAGGUGGGCGGAGGAAGUCAAGUAUCGGCUGAUACCUGGCAUUUAUUGA